GGUCAUGCAUUUCGCCGUCAACACUUAUCAUUGCAUCAUCUUUCGGCAAAACACAAAGUAGUUUGACGCGUACCUAUUUUCGUCCAGUACUUUAUAGUUCGUAAUUCUGUUUUAAACACUCCAUAUCACAAUAUCCUUCGGAAAGAACGAGAUGUCUUCAGAAAUCUACACGUCUGAGAGUGUUGGGUCCGAUGAGGGCGGUGAUGGCAGCGCCGUUAAACCGUAUAAAACUGUGCUACAGGCUAUGAGACAUGCAGGACAAGAACCCUUUCCAACCAUCUACGUGGACGGGAAAGAAGGAGCAGCUAAAUAUGAAGAAGCCACCAAGUCACAAAUAAAGAAGUGGCAAAAGGUCUGGCUGAGAGAGAGCAACAAACAAGUUGACAGCCAGGAAAAAGAUGCUGAUGUACAGCGAAGGGAAAAGAAUUUAGAAGAAGCAAGGAAGAUAACUAUUACUAACGAUACAAGUCUGCCAGUCCCCAAGCAGAUUAAAAUACGUGAUGCUGUAAACACCCGGGAUAUCCGUGUGAAGAUCUAUGGUUGGGUUCACCGUCUUAGAAGACAGGGCAAGACACUUAUGUUUGUCGUUAUCAGAGAUGGCACGGGCUUUCUUCAAUGCAUUUUGACAGAUCUCCUGUGCCAAACUUACGAUGCCGUCACCUUAGCUACAGAGGCUGCCAUUUGUGUAUAUGGUGUCAUUAAAAAGUUACCAGAAGGAAAAAAGGCCGAAGGAGACCACGAGAUGACUGUGGACUAUUGGGAGUUGAUCGGAGCCUCUCCAGCAGGUGGCGCAGACAAUUUACUAAAUGAGGAGGCACAUGUUGAUGUACAGCUAGACAAUAGACAUAUCAUGAUCAGAGGAGAAAACACAUCUAAAGUUUUAAAAAUGAGAUCUACAGUGAUGCAUUGUUUCCGGGAACAUUACUUCAGUCGUGGAUAUUUCGAGGUUACAGCCCCAACACUUGUUCAGACUCAGGUAGAAGGAGGUUCCACGUUAUUCAAGCUCGAUUUCUUCGGCGAGCAGGCGUAUUUGACCCAGUCCUCACAGUUGUACCUUGAGACAGCUAUCCCAGCAAUGGGAGACGUUUUCUGUAUUGCGAGUUCAUUCAGAGCUGAACAAUCCAGGACCAGACGACAUUUGGCUGAAUAUACACAUAUUGAAGCCGAGUGUUCGUUCAUAUCUUUUGAUGAUCUGUUAGACAGACUGGAAGAUUUAAUCUGCGAUGUUGUGGACAGGAUAUUAAAAUCUCCGUUGGGACACAUAGUGUAUGAACUCAACCCGGAUUUCAAACCUCCGAAAAGGCCGUUCAGAAGAAUGGAAUACACUGACGCCCUGAAAUAUUUGAAAGAAAACAACAUAACAAAAGAUAAUGGAUCUUUCUAUGAAUUCGGUGACGACAUACCUGAAGCACCAGAAAGAAAGAUGACUGAUGCGAUUAACGAGCCAAUAUUUCUGUGCAAGUUUCCUGCAGAAAUAAAAUCAUUCUACAUGCCUAGAUGCAAGGAAGACAGACGACUUACUGAGUCGGUUGACCUGUUGCUUCCAAAUGUUGGCGAGAUUGUGGGAGGUUCAAUGAGGGUGUGGCAGUACGACGAAUUGAAGGAAGGUUUUGAACGGGAAGGAAUAGACCCGACAAACUAUUACUGGUACACAGACCAGAGAAAAUAUGGAACAUGUCCACACGGUGGUUAUGGUCUCGGUUUGGAACGGUUUUUAUGCUGGAUUCUGCAUAGACACCACAUUCGUGAAGUGUGCCUUUACCCAAGAUUCGUCGACCGCUGUAGACCUUGAGAUAAUCAGUGUGAAAUGAACAGAAAUACAUAACUAAAGAGUGCCUAAAAACAUAUUCUAGACUUAUAUUGCGUUUUAUAUGUUUAAUGGUGUUUUCAUUGUUUUGUUGUUUGUCGUUGAUUUGCUGUUGUAUUGUGCGUUUUUGGA